UCUUCUUCGAUUAGCUCGAUCUGAAUAGCUAAAUUACUAGUAUUUCACUACAGUCUCUGACUCUGCUCUCUCUCUCUCUCUCUCUCUCUCUCUCUCUCUAUAUAUAUAUAUAUAUAUUUAUAUAUAUCGCUCUCUCGGCAGUUAAGCUGCUUCCAUCCCCUCACCUAAUCCCUCCCUCUCUCUACACAUUCUCUUUCUCUCUCUUCUUCAUUUCUACAUUCAUAUAUUCGGACAUUAAAUCUCCUGUAUUAUCUAUUUCUCUUUCUGUAUUAUUGAAAUUUGGAGAGAGAAAGAAGAGGGAGAGAGCAGGGAGUUUAGAGGGAGAGUGGAGAGAGAGAGGAGAGAUGCCUCUGGUGCGGGUUCAGGUGAGGAACGAGUAUGGAUUGGGAUCGCCGGAGCUAUACAAAGAAGCGAACAGAGAAGAUCCUAAAGAUGUGCUUGAUGGGGUAGCUGUCUCUGGUCUAGUUGGGAUCUUGCGUCAAUUAGGCGAUCUUGCCGAAUUUGCAGCAGAGGUUUUUCAUGGCUUACAGGAGCAAAUAAUGACUACAUCUUCUAAAAGUCAUAAACUUAUGGUUCGUGUUCGACACAUUGAAGCUGCUCUUCCUCCACUUGAGAAGAUGAUACUGACACAAAGGAGCCACUUACAUUUUGCUUAUACUGCUGGUUUUGAUUGGCAUGCCUGUAUCCAAAAUAAACAGAAUCACUUUAUCUACAAUGACUUGCCAAGAUUUAUUAUGGAUUCCUAUGAAGAAUGUCGUGAUCCUCCAUGUCUGCACCUGCUUGACAAAUUUGACACAGGUGGGCCAGGAUCUUGUUUGAAGAGAUAUUCGGAUCCAACCUUCUUUAAAAGGGCGUCAGCUAGCCCUGAUGAAGCAUAUGCAGAGAAAGUCCCAAGAGACAAGAAAGUUCGCAGAAGUAAGAAGAAAAGAACAUUGAAGACUAAUGGAAAAUUUUCACGAAGUGCGUCAAUAUCCAAUCACAGUGGCAGAAUGCAAUUUACUUCUUCAAACGUUGAUGAGCAGACUUCUCAGGAUUUUUCCACGUUUGAUGCUACAUUGAAAUCUGACCUGGAAAAUCAAUUUAAUUCUUUUGAUUCAAGACCUGGGUCAGACUACAUAGAAUGUGUUUUCCAGCCAAGCUACGCCAUGAAACCUGAAGAACAUGAACCUAAGAAAAUCUCCUCUUCUAAAUUGAAGAUGGAUUAUGAUGAUACUCCAGAUUUAGUUUUCGACAAUGGACGCAGUGGAGUUCUAGAUGACGAGUUUCCACAGAGUUCAUCUCAGGAGCAAACUGGCCCAAGUUCAUCUUGUGUUACUUGGGAUGAAAAGACGGAAAUAGUGGACCCUACAGGUCAGCAAUUUGAGAGUGAUGGAAGUCCAGAGGUGCUUCCAACAAACAUUGACCUAGAUACUCUGGAGAGGAAUGCUGUUAACUUUGGAAGUGUUAAUCAAACGGCUAUUCGGUUUGAUAAUGGAAUAACGACAACAUCAAUCUCUGGUGGGAACCAGCUUGAAGAUAUUGAAAGUGAAACAGACAAUUACAUGGAUGCACUUAACACCAUUGAAUCAGAAUGUGAAACUGAUCUGGAUUGCCAAACAAAACGAGAAGUGGAGCAUUAUUCAAAUUUUAAUGAUGAAGAAAUAGAAGAUGGAAUGCAUGGGCUGAGAGCUCAUUAUUCCGACGAUUAUCAUCCAUCAAAUUUUGGAUCUCAUACUGAAGCAUGCAAUCCCUUAAACAAUGAAACAUCCCUGGAUAAAUCCAACUCAAUCUCCUCAGAGUCUUAUGCCCACGAACCGUCAUCGCAAAGGACUGCCAGAUCAUCCAUUCCCAGCAAUACGCCAGGCAUUGAUUUCUGUGAAAAUGCUGAAAUUAUUGAUGUUUCAAAUGUGGAAUCUGUUAUCAGUAAUGCAGCAUCAGACUCUGGCUCUCCAGAACCCAAUUCACAUGCUCCAACUAGUGAUAAAAUCAUAAGCAGUUGUGAGUCUCAAAAGUCUCCAACCGAACUUUCUGGUGUUCAAUCAGUUACAUUCUGGACAAAUGGUUUCUUGCUUGGACUUGAGCCAUCAAAACCUCCAGAUUUCAAUAUAUCGAAUGCUGCUAGUCGGGACUCUAUGGCCAGAAGUAAAGAUGAAAUAAUUGGUCCUUCAAGUGAAAGUAAUAUUAUUAUGGGCAAUGGACUUGCAGGGACAUCAGAUAUGUUGGUGAAGUGCUCUGAAAGCAUCGAACAUGAUUCGAGUUCAAAAUGCUCCACGUCAUACCACAAUGAUGAGGAAUAUGCUAUUUCCAUUAAGAAGACAUCUCAGAGAUUCUCACCAGCUGAUUUAAUUGCCAAACUUGAAAAAUCUGGUGAUGUACAUCUUAGUGAUAGAUUCAAUUAUGUCCAUCAGAAUGGUUUAAAUGAAACUAGUGUAGUGACACCUGGAACUAAACAGUCAGUCUCUCCAAGUUUCAAAGCCAUAACUACUGGAGCCAGACUGGAGGAUGGUGAAAAAUCAUCUCAGAUGCUUGGACUCGGUGAAAGAGUACUAAAUAGUUUCCAACGAAAAGUAUCACUUGCCCGGGAUGAGAACCAUGAACCUGCUAGCUCUGCAAAUACUGGUGUUUUUGAGCAGAAGAGCAGGAACCAAUGUGUUGCAUAUGGAACUUCUUCUGAGACACACUUCAAGGAGCAUUUCGGAGGUGAACUUCCAGUAAAUUCACCUUCAUCUUCACCAACACUUGAACAUAUGAAGAUAUCUUUCCAACCUAUGAAUAAAUUUGAGAUAUCCAAACUCACUCUGAAGUUUCCAGAUCGAAGUCACUCUCGCGAAAGCGGUAGAGAUAUGUUUCCUUCAUUUCAGUUGGUCCCAGAGCCUGCUAUUCCACUGCAUGAUGAUAAUUCACACUCCGAUGAUGACACAUUUUGUAGAUCAUCUCCAUAUAUGUCGGAUGAUGAUCUUAGCGAACACUCUGAGUCGAAUUCUGAGCAGUGGGAAUCUGGCGAAACUCCCCAAAGCAAGGACCAUGAGCUAUAUGAUGCUUUAUGCAGGAUCUCAUCAACAGAAUCUGUUUCGAGCUCUCUGGAGUUUGAGAGAACAGCCCAGGCAGCCAUCAAUAGUGACUGUGGACUUCGAAGUCAAUAUGCUGGAAAUGGUGUUCAACCUUCUCAGUCUGAUCAUUUACUUGAUCUUCCAAGUUUCGAUGCUUUGAACCCUUUAUUUAAGCAGGAAAUAGAAAAUUGUCCUGAUGCAAAGGAUCUCUUAGGAUCGCAGUUUCCAAAGGACCCUAUGCCACCGCCUCCACCCCUUCCUCCCUUGCAAUGGCGGGGGAUGAAAUCGCAUUCAGAUGUGACAGAAGAUAAAGAAGAUACCGUUUCUGAACCCAUCAACUAUGCACUUGAUAUGAAGCCUUUGGGAUAUAACAUCACUUCACAAUCCAAAGCAAGCCGGGUUAAACAAGAAGAAGAUGUUGAGGAGGUUGUUGCAUUUAUACCGACGAGCAAGCAGCCAGAGCAGCAGAAGCUAAAUGGAUGGAAAGAAGCUAAUCAGUUUGCAAAUGCAAAGGAGAUGGAUGAAAAGGAAGAUUUCCUCCAUCAGAUUAGAACAAAAUCACUAAGCCUGAGACGUACCGUGACCGCAAAGCCAUCCUUAACACCUGGCCCUGCUACCAAUGUUAAAGUCACAGCAAUUUUGGAGAAAGCUAAUGCAAUCCGCCAGGCUGUUGGGAGUGAUGAUGGAGAAGACGAUGACGAUGAUAAUUGGAGUGACAUUUGAUUUCAUUCGGACAUUAUCAUGUGGUUUAUGAGAAACCAACCUCCUGUGAGGCUAUGUUAUAUAUAUGUAAGUAAUCCCAGUUCCUUUAUGUAAUUAAUUUGUAGGGCAUUUCUUAAAUUUGCUGUCUGCUUUUAUGUCUUCAAUUUAUGUUGUUAAGAGAUGAGCUCCACCACCCUGUAUUCUAAUCUUUGAGGCAGUUAUCCAUACAUAAUGCCUGAGGCUAUGAAUAGUGUUAUUUUAUUAGUUUUAUGUUCAUUUUAUUCUUUUUAA